ACGUUAAGGAGUUUGGAAAGUCAGAAGAGAGGCUCACAGGUGUUGGGGAAUGACUACUCUUAAACUUGUUUUCUUUCUUCCUUUCAUGGCAAAAAUGUGCUACAGUCAAGAUCAUUGUCGCAAUCUGCUCGUUCUUCCUCCACUGGUCGACCACGCCCUCUUUAACCACACCCUUCAGAAUAUAACUGACAUAUCAAGGAAAAACUGUCAUAUAAAGUGCUUUCUGAACCAAGCAUGUCGUGCUGUGAACUAUAAGAAACGAGCGAAUCUUGGGAGCUGUGAACUACUGUCUGCCAAAGCUGAAUCUUAUCCUAAAGAUUUGCUGAAAUUCCCUGGAAUAGAUUACUUCAGACUGCAGGAGGGUUGUGUUACAAAUCCUUGUCCCUCGACCAACAUGACCUGCGUUGAGUUAAAGGGGACUCCAAGGUACAGAUGUGAGUGUCCACAGGGAUACACCGGUGCCGCAUGUGAAACAGAUAUCGACGAAUGUACUGCUGGGACUCACAAAUGUCACGUGAGCGCCACGUGCAAAAACACUAUUGCCUCAUUUAGCUGCGCGUGUAAAGUUGGGUUUGCCGGUGACGGAGUACAGAACUGCUUAUAUAUUGAGGAAUGCUCUUCUGGAAGCAACAAUUGUCACCGGGACCGCGCUACAUGUGCAAACACCAUUGGGUCCUUCGCAUGCACAUGUAAACCUGGGUAUACAGGAGACGGUGUAAACUGUGAAGAUUGCGCUAUAGGUAUGGAAUCGGGCGUUAUAAGUGACUCUGCAAUCAUUGCAUCGAGCUAUUUUACAACCGGAUCUUUUACACUACCGCCUGCAAAUGGCCGCCUUAAUCACGCAAGCGUAUGGGCGUCAGCAUCUCAGAACCCUGGAGAGUACCUCCAAAUCGACCUGGGGCGUGAGACAACAGUCACCAAGGUGGCCACUCAAGGAAACUCGAAUUAUGACGAAUGGACGGAGAGCUACAAGAUCAGCUACAGCACCGAUCUAUCCACCUGGAAAAAGUACCGCGAGGGUGAACAAGAAAAGGUGUUCCCUGGAAACACAGACGGGAACACUGUUGUCUAUGGAAUGUUGGCACAGCCCAUUGUUACACGUGGUAUCCGGAUCAUCGUGGUAACUUCCCAGCACCGGCCUGCUUUGAGGGUGGAGGUCUACGAAUGCAUGUGA